ACUUCAUUUAUUGUAAGUCAGUUUCGUUUCGUUUUCAGGAGCGGUUGUUCAUUUUUAACUCGAUUUAAACGAAAAACGCAAUGGCUCCUUUCAAAUGCCGUUUCUGCCCAGGGGAGUUCGGCUCUUCCUCUGAACUCACAUCUCACCAGACAUCGACCCAUGUAACACUCACGACGAAAUUCCAGUGCUGUCUUUGCAGUCGUACUUUCUUCAACGACAGGGACGUCGCGGAACACAUUAAAAUCGAGGGAUUCGGUCACCAGACGUUCCGCUCCCACGUCCUGUUCAAAUGUCCUCAUUGCGAUUUCGCCAAAGAAGACAGGUCCGAACUCCCGGACCACCUGGGGCAAUGCCAUCAGAAGAGGAUGGAGUGUCCGUCCUGCGAGACUCUCCAACUGGGCCUCCUGUCUUGCACGGGAUGCGGACUUCAUUACUUCAACCUCAAAGGGCUGGCGAACCACAUCGCCUUGAAACACUGCAGGGAGGAGAACGGAAGCAGGAGAAAAAGCCCAAAGUCUUUUUUCUUCUACUGCGCCUUUUGCCCGUCGAGAACCACACUUUUGCCGGAGUUCUCUCACCAUCUCCUUUCCAGCCAUAGGCAGCAGAUAAUAAAAAUAGGCUCCCACUGCUGUCAGUUACACAAGCGGAAAUAAUUUAUCCAAAUCAUGGACACAGAGCGUACUUGAGACAACCAAGAAUUUGUUUUAUUAACAACACUGUUA